AUGUGGACUGUGCGGCCCCUAGCAUUUUUACUCUAUCAACAAGGAAGAAUAAACGAUAUAUGUACAAUACCCACACAAUCUGUCAAUUCACAAACGAAGCAUCUUGGAAUCGUCCGCGUCCGUCUAGGGGUGAGACGAUCUAGAGACCUGGGGCCUGGUCAUCUUAACUGGCUAUCGAUCAACGAGAUGAACGAGGCGAGGAAAUUCAAGUGCCUCAUCGAAUUAAAGCUCUAG